AUGGCAGCUGAUAUGGAGAAAAUUGAGGGGCUUUCCCUCUGUCCUCUCUUUUACCAAUGUUCUGUUUGUAUAUGGUUAUACAGAUAUAAAUGUCGAUUAUAUCUAUUACGCAACCUGGCAGAACUGGGAUUUAAAGAACCAACACCAAUCCAAAGACAGGCUAUUCCAGUCCUCUUAUCUGGACGGGAAUGCUUUGCUUGUGCACCUACCGGUUCUGGAAAAACAUUUGCUUUUGUCUUUCCAAUACUUGUGAAACUCAAGGAUACUUCAAAUGAUGGUGUCCGAGCUGUAAUUAUUUCCCCUACAAAAGAGUUAGCUGCUCAGACUACAAGAGAAUGCAGAAAGUUGGCUAAAGGGAAGAAGUUCUACAUCAGGUUGAUGACUAAAAAGCUCGCUAAAAGUGGAGACUUUUCUAAAUUGCGAUGUGAUAUACUCAUCUCGACACCAUUGCGCUUACAGUUUGCUAUCCGCAAAGGAAAGCUUGAUUUAAGUAGGGUUGAAUUUCUUGUCUUAGAUGAAUCUGAUAAGCUUUUUGAGCCUGGCUUGCUAGAGCAGGUUGAUUUUGUGGUGAAUGCGUGCACAAAUCCUUCAAUUCUUCGGUCGUUGUUCAGUGCUACGUUACCUGAUAUAGUUGAAGACAGAGCGCGUACAAUAAUGCAUGAUGCUGUUCGAGUCAUUAUUGGUAGGAAAAAUUCUGCUUCAGAAACAAUAAAGCAAAAGUUGGUAUUCGUUGGGAGUGAAGAAGGAAAACUUCUAGCUCUUCGUCAAAGCUUUGCAGAGGUAUGAUCCUCAUUUUGCUUAGUUAUCUGAAUUGGUUGUAUACCUCUUUUGCAGUGAUUGAAGGUCGCCUCCACCAUAAUUAUAACUUACAACAACCCAGUGGGAUCCCACAAGUGGGGUCUAGGGAGAGUAAUGUGUACGCAGACCUUACACCUACGCUGGAGGAAAGACCCUCGGCUCGAGAGGAAGAAUAGGAACAAGUAAAUAACAACAACAAGGCCAGGACCAUAAUUAUAACUUGCACAACAAAUUUUACAUGAGUGAUUUGCAUAUGGAUAUUACGUUUGCUGUCUAAUUAUCACAUUUGAAGUACUCUAGUAUAUUGUGCGGUCAUUAUGUGCCUCUCUGUCUUUUCAUGAUUUUUUCCCCUGCUGAUUUGAUCUUUACAUUCCCAGAAGAUGGGCGCUAACUGACACGACUUGGUUUGCAGCCAUAGUUUUGCUGAAUAUUUUGAGGAUCUCAAUGUUUGAUGAUUUGUACAUUUUUCUUUCCUUUUCCUCACACUAUAUGAAACUCUUUCUUUCUUUGCUGCUUUUAGAUUACCAUUCUGCUACCAUCUACUGUUAUGUAAGCGAGUCAUUUUUUCGUUUGAUAGGAAAAGGAUUAUUAUUACCUUAAAAGGAAUAACAUCCCCGUAUACACGAGUUAUACACUAAAAAGGCCUAAAAAUUGUAUUGCUUAAAACAAAGUUCAUCCAGUUGUCUAUAUGACGCGGUAUGCUAUGUCUGCUCAAAAAACAUAAAGUUUAAAAAGAGUGUUGGAUUACCGCAGCUGGAUCUAGGAAUACAGCUCUUGACUUUGGCAGGGAGUUUUAGAAAGAUGUGAAAAGAGGUUGGCAAGGUG